UUCGAGCGAUGGCAGAAGCUGGGAGAGCGCAUCGAGCUGCACGAGCAAUCGCAGCCACUCGAAUUCCAGCCGUUGGCCGUUCUCGACGCCGAACCCAGCAAUGAGAAAAACCCUUUCCCGUCGGUGUCAUACAUCAACGAAGCCGUCAGUGCGGCGAUGCAGAUGUUCGAUCUCGCGAGGUUGUUGCACAUUCUGGCCCGGCCAGAACGCAGCCACCAGGAACGGGCGGCCAGACUGGUGCGAAACGGGGAGAUAGCUGAGAUAUACGUCGUGCGGGUGAUUGCCAACAGCAUCACUAACCGAGGCGCAAUCAACUGGGCCAACGCCGUGCAAUUGCUUCACACGGCCGGGAUGGCGCUGGUCGGGUGGGUUCGGCGGAAGGCACUGCUGGGGUGCCUCGAAGACAUCCAGGCCGCAACGGGAUGGAACACGCGACACAACAUCGACGCCCUUCUCGACUGGUGGGGGUGGACGGCUCCUCUUCGACAGCGAGGCCAGACGUGGAGAGAAGUUUCCGAGGAAAUCGGACCUCGUCACAGGAUCGGGGAGUUUUUGUUGCGCAUUUUUGAGACGAAGGGUUUGAAAGAGAGCAACCUGGAGAUAUAA